AUGGGGGCAGUGGGCUACAGAGACCUCCCAGUCCGCGAUCGGGCCCUGCGCACCACCCUCCGCGGCCGCGCGGUGCCAGUGAGGCCGGGUAAUCAGGACCCCCGCCCCGCGGCCCUGCACUUGGUGGGGCUCGCCAUAGGGAAGCGCAGUGUCAUUGGUCUGCGGGGAGCGGCCGGCCUCCCCGCCACCCCAGUCUCCGCAGAGGUGCCACCUGGCGCGGACGAGCGCCGGGCUCCGGCUCCCGCUCCUCCCGCGCGGAUGGAAGAGGGAGGCCGGGCUGGCUCAACCCCCUACCCUCGCUCCGAGGGAGCCCUCGGGGUCUGGGACCAGCCGCGAAAAAGACCUGUUGCAAACUCUUAA